CACAGGGUGACCAAAAAUUUCAUCAAUCAAUUCUAACUUUCUCUGCUUCUUCUCAAAGUGAAAACAAAAAAUGAAGUUCUUGGUUUCAUUGGUUAUCUUCUCUCUUUUCUUAAACGGUUUCGCAACCGCUCAAACUCUCAUUCAAGAUUCUUGCAAGAAAGCUUUUGCGAAAGACCCGCAAUUGUCAUACGAUUUCUGCGUCAAUUCUCUUACACAAGAUCCACAAAGCAAAGCCGCGACUACUCUCGAAAGUUUGGUCCUAGCAUCGACGAAGACCGCUGCGGCAAAAAUCACGAACUUGAAAGGAAUCGUUGCACAGGAUCUCAAAGACCAGAGAUAUCAGGAUAUUGUGGAAGACUUAAAACUUUGCCUCGGAUUUUAUAACGAUGCUAAUGAUGAUUUAACAACUGCUUUAGCGAACAUUAAAUCGCGUGAUUAUCAAGGCGCUAACAUUAAUCUGAGUGCUGCUUUGGAUGUACCAGGCAAUUGCGAGGAUGAUUUCAAGGAAGCAAAAAAGACGUCUCCGAUUACCAACGAGAACAGUAUUUUGUUUAAGACGAUUUUGAUUCCUUUGGCUUUUACUAAUAUGUUGUAAUAAAUUUAUCAAAGUGUUUCAUAUAACAUCGAUUGAUAUGUUUACUAAUUGAUGGAAAUAAAAUUUCGCUUUAC